GUAAAUAAAUCAAUAUAAAGGUUAGGCCCAGGUUUGUUGCUUUGUCAGGUCUUUAAAGCCUAUUCGUUUGACAUUAAAAUGCUACUAGCCACAAGUAAAGAACCAAAUUUUAAAUAGACUGUUAGUGUGAAAUCCAAGAUUUGUUUCAUAGUGUUUGUGUAAUGCUGGCCUAAGUUGAAUAAGAAUUUUUAAUCAUGGCUGACAUUGAAGAUACCCAUUUUGAGACAGGAGACUCAGGUGCUUCUGUUACCUACCCAAUGCAAUGUUCGGCUCUUCGUAAAAAUGGAUUUGUUAUGCUCAAGGCACGACCCUGUAAAAUAGUUGAAAUGUCAACUUCAAAGACUGGUAAACACGGACACGCUAAGGUUCACUUGGUGGGCUUGGAUAUAUUUUCAGGGAAAAAAUAUGAAGAUAUUUGCCCUUCUACUCAUAACAUGGAUGUACCUUUUGUAAAACGUGAGGACUAUCAGCUAACAGACAUUUCUGAUGACGGCUACUUGUGUUUGAUGUCUGACAAUGGAGAUUUGCGUGAAGAUUUAAAGGUUCCAGAUGGCGACAUAGGUACUCAGCUCAAAGCAGAGUAUGAUGCUGGAAAAGAAUUGCUGUGCACAGUGUUGAAAGCCUGCGGUGAAGAGUGUGUGAUUGCAAUCAAAACCAAUACAGCUCUUGAUAAAUAAUGGCUGACAAACCCUGUGAAGAUGGAAAUGGCUGUUUUUAUAAGAGUGAGGUGAGGCUGGCGGAACUAAGCGGACAAUUAACAAUUAAGUUUACGGGUGGGAGGGGGGCUGUUAAAGUAUACACUAAUCAAAGUAUUUUCUUUUGGAUGUCAAAAAUUGUUGUAAUAUUUUCACAGGAGUUAUCUGUUAAUUUAUACUUAUUUUAUGGGGAGUGAUAUUUAAAGUAAACGAUUAAAGAUCGAUAAGUGUUGAGAGACUGAAAUUGCUUCAUCAUUUUUACCUUACACCUUUAGACCAUGGUUGUUAUAAGGAUUUUUAUGUAACAUUUGUAUGAGUAAAUCAAAAUGUUUUGUGUCAUUUAUUGUACAAAAUAAUUAAUACAAUAUUUUUGAAUGACAUGUACAUGAAUGCUUUAUAAAGGAAAUGGAUGGGUCUGUAUGUUUAUUAACUGCAAGGAAAGCUUAUUAGUUCCGGUUUAAUGAUAUUUAUUCUGAUAAUUUGAGGCGGCUAAAAUGGUUAUUAGGUUUGUUAAUUAAUAAGACAUGUAACAGAUUAUCAAGUGACUCUUGUGAGUAGUUAUAAUGUAUGUUAUCUGUGUGCAUUCCUAACUUGCUGUAUAACAUACAUGUUAAGUUGUUAUUUUACAUCUUGUGUUGAGUAUUGAAUGGGUUGGAUCAGAAAAUUAUUCUAUAAGUUAUAAUUAAUUAUUUAAUGUUUUUAUACUGAUUGUAUAAUUUUCAAGCUUGCUCACAUAAUAAAUGAAAUAGAUUGAUAAAAAUUGACACUUCUUAACAAAUUCUAAAUUUUUUCAUGUUGAAUUUAUUCUGUGUAAUCAUAAUCUGACUGUAUAUUAUGUAGCAGGCUAUUGCUUAAACUAGCCUAAACUAUACAAAUUUUCAAUGAACAUUGUUUUCAAGUUUACUUUACUGUAUUGUGAAAUACUAAAACAAUGUUCCACAACGCUUCUGACUAGUUAUUAUUAUUAAUAAAUGUUAUCAGUUGCUGUA